UCAAGUAAUCCGCCGAGCCACCCAGCCGAACAUAUAGAAUUGACCAAAAACUGAGCCCUGUCCGGCGAUCGGCCGCGUACCACCAGUCAGUUGUGUCACAACUGCCAUUCAGCGCGCGUCAGCCGUCUUCCUGCUCCGGUGCAAAGCCCGUGACCACUUACAAGCGCUUCAUUUCUGGAAGAUCUCCACGCUUCUUCGCAGCAAAACAGUUCAAUUUUCAACAGACCACAAACACUAACUAGAUAUGUCCGACCAGCAGGGAGACGACGGCGGCGACAAGUGGAGAAAAACGUCGCCAGGGCUCUCUGGGUCGGAUAAUCCGCAGUGCACGCCCAAGCAGAUCAAAGAAUUGACUUUGGACGAAUUGCGCCAGGACGAGAGACUGUGGACAGCGUACGAGAGAGGCUGGUGUGACUUCUUACAAUUGUACAUGAACAUGCAACUGAUGCAGUCGGAAACUUCCUACAUGUUGCCCGAACUCGCGCGGCCUGGGCUUCUGGGCCCCGCGGGUGCUGCAGAUUCCGGUGCAGCAGAGCAGGCCACUGCGCCGAGCGCACGCGAUCCUGAGAGUGCAUCUUCGGGAGGCGAUCCGGCAUCGGCUGCACCUGCAGUUGCAGCAGAUGUGACGGACUCGCAGGACAAGGCUAACGGCGAACCGGACCCAGUGCGUUCGCCGGGCAAGGUAGCCGAGGUGAAAGUGGACAACGGUCUGUCCAGACGGAUCGAUGUUCGCGUUCUGUCGUCGCGCAUAAAGCGCACUUACAAGUACGCCGACGUCCGCCUGUGCGAAUUCCAAGGACUUGGCCCGCGUGCUGUGGUGCAGGAUGACGACAAAGAUGAUCCGGAAGUGGUUGCUAAGCAGCUGUCAUCGAUCAGGAUCAAGAUCACGACACCGGAAGCGACUGAGUUCGAACUCGAUACAUUCGAGGAAGAAGCUGACGAGGACGCUGACGACGACGACGAUGAGAAGCCGAACGCCGACGACGAGUAGUUUCCGUCUGCUAGGAACACAGACAUUAUACUUUUUACGACAUAUAAUAACCACUUAUUCAUUUAAAUAUUAUAUUAUAAUCUGCUCCGGGGCUUGGAAGUUGAAGCACUAUAAUAGUCACUUUUUAGCGCUUUGAUGUGCAAUGCUUAUCGAAAUGCAAAAAUAUGCGCUAUCAGUAGAACUAAAAACUGAGAAACAUGAAAAAAAAACCUUUUUGGAAAAUCCAUUACAAUUUUGCUUUUUAUUUUUUUUUAAAUACUUUUAACUUUUGCCUUUAUUAUUAAUUUUAGAACUUUUAUUUCUGAAAAUACAAGAUUUAGGUAUUCGGGAACCAGGUAGUUGGACCAGCUGCUCCAUUACUACCAGCUGUUUUAUACAAUUCCAUAAUAAUUUUAAUUUUAAUAUUAUAGACAAUAUUAUGCUGGAUGAGCAAAUAUAAAGAAAAAAAUUCAACAAAAUGUUUUUUGACUACAUUCUUAUUUGAGAUGAGCAUACAAAUACAAAUUUAAAAAAUCAAAUUCAAAUUGUUUAUACAAAAAAGUACUAAAUAAGCAUUAUACGCUUAAAAAUAAAAUUUCGUAACUUUUAUGACAUCAUCUGCGGGAAAAAAAUUUGAAUCUUACUAUAGGAUACGUUUUAAGGCUUAACAAAAAAAAUAUGCAAAUGCUAGAACUUCCGAGCCCUGAAUUCAUUAUAUAUUAUUAUAUAUUAUUAUUAUUAUUAUUAUUAUAACGAGUAGAGUUUAGCUGUCUUUUUUAAAAUCCCAGUGUCUUUUCAUUAUUUCUCCGACACUGGGUUAUAUUUAAGAAUUCGAUUUAAUCAUAUAAUAUUAUAUUCAAAGCAUAAUUUUUUUUUCAAUUAAAUAUUAUUAAUUAUAUUAUAUUAUUUUUUAUUUUUGCGUUGACAUAAUAUUAAUAUACUUUAUACGCGCACAGUAGCGAUGCAGCUCACACGUAUAUUGUAAAGUAUAAUAAAUAUUAUAUGUCCAGAAAAUAUUCAAAUUUAAUUAAAAAUAAACAUAACGCUAUUAUAUACUGAAA